GUCAACUUUACCGCCAAAUUCUAAAACAAAGAUUUCCCUGUUCCCGGCUUCUCUUCCCACUAACUCCUCCAUUCAAAACCGGAAUCUCCUUUAACCUCCAAACCAAGACCCAAACUUUUAAGUCUUCAUAAUAUCUCUGACAAUCUCUACCAAAAAACCCCAUCAAAAUAAUCUCAACUUUCUCUUCACAAAACCACUCUAAAGAAAAAAAAAAAAAUGGAUAUCAGAUUCCAAGCCUUGCCUCCUGUCAAAAGGUUCAGGCUUAUGCAACAACAAAACCAAGAAGAAGAAGAGUUCAAUAGCUCUAAAGCUAGCUCUUUUUGCCUCCCGGCGAAGAAACGGAAGGAGUCUAGGGAUCCUCCAGUGGCUGAAACUACUACAUAUUGCUUGCCUGCCAAGAAGAGGAUAUGGGCCUUGCAACCUGAUUUUCUUUCUGGUAAGCCUCUUUUUUCUUUUGAUUUGAAUGUAGAGUACGAGAAAGAAGUAGAGAUAGAGGAAAACAAGAGAAACCCAAUUUCUAAAAGUCCCAAAAAAUGCAUUUUUGAUGCUCAAAAAGAGAUUUUGAAGGAAAGCAAGAAAAACUUACUUGAAAAAGGUCCCAAAAAAUGCAUCAAAACUAGGCAAGAAGAAGAAGAAAAUAAAGAAAAUGAAAUCCCUCUUGUAGGGGACAGCAAGAAAAACCCACUUGCUAAAAGUCCCAAAAAAAUCAUUUUUGAUAGUAAAAAGGAGAAUUUGGAGGAAAACAAGAAAAUCCCACUAGAAAAAGGUUCCCUAAAAUGCAUGAAAGCUAGGCGAGAAGAAGAAUAUGAAGAAAAUGAAAUCCCAGCAUUGGAGGAAAGUAGUAACGAAGAGGAGGAAGAUGGGAUUUUGUGUGAUAUUUGUAAAAGUACAGAUGGGGAUCCAACAGAUCCAAUAGUAUUCUGUGAUGGCUGUGACUUAAUGGUGCACUCCACAUGUUAUGGAAAUCCAUUAAUAAAAGGAAUCCCAGAAGGUGAUUGGUUUUGUGACCUUUGCUUGGCUUCCCAAUCAGAGAAAAAUAAAGGAGAUAAGCAAUUUUCUUGUUGCUUAUGCCCAACCAAGGGAGGUGCACUGAAGCCCACGACUGUUGAUGGUAAGUGGGCUCAUUUGGUGUGUGCAGUUUUGGUUCCUGAAGUGUUUUUUGAGGAUCCAGAAGGGAGGGAAAGGAUUGAUUGUUCUAAGGUUCUUGAGAAGCGAUGGACAGGGAAAUGCUAUAUUUGUAAAAUGAGGAGUGGGUGUGUUCUCGAGUGUUCUGAGCCUAAAUGUGGGUUGGAGUUUCAUGUCACUUGUGGGUUGAAGGAGGAUCUUUGCAUUGAAUACAAAGAAGGAAAGAAGGGUGCUGUUGUUGCUGGAUUUUGCAAAUGCCACACAGAAUUGUGGAAGAAGCAACAACAGACAGGAAAGUUCAAGAUUGUAGCUAGAAAUGAGCACCGGAAGUGAUCAAAAAUUGGGGCAAACAAGUGCUGUGUAUGAUACUAAUGGAUCAACUUGUUGAAACUUGGAGAUGCUGCUUUCACUUGAAGUUGGUAAUUGUAGAUUUCAGAUGAGGUUUUGUACUUGUGGUGGUGAUUUCUUUAGAUCAUAGAUUUGAUACUUUAGGGCCUUUUUGUUAACUGAAACUGAUGUCUAGUCCAUAGUUGUUUGACAUGAUGCAUCUAUUGCUGUAGUGGAUAUCAUAAACAGUCUAUUGUUGAGCAGCUCAAGAAACAGGAGUUCAGUCUCCUACUAACUUGAAUUGGUGAUGAACUUGGAAUAAAUUUCUACUUGGGCGUUUUCACUUUGCA